UAACUUUUUUGAAAUCUGAUUAAAAUAUAACAAUAAGGUCUUAUUUGGUCACUAGAUUGUAAUUUCAAGAAAGACCAAGUCAAAGAUAGCCCGCAAAGUUUGGUAAUUCUAAAACAAGAGAUUGAAUGGAACAAUAUUUGUGGUUGUUACAUUUCUGAAAAUAGCUCAAAAUAGCAACAACAAAAAAUCCAAAAAUGGUUGCUACAUGUUACAUGUGAAACAUUGAAUAUUUACUAGUAUUAUUUUGUUUUGAACACCAAAAGAAUCUGCAACAAAAUAAAACAAACCAAACACAUACUCAAAAAGUCUUUUCCGGCGGAAAAACAAGAAACUUUUAAUGGUUCCUUGCGAAGCAAGAAAGGAGAUAAGACAUUUUGGUUUGUGUUCAUUGAAAGAACACCAAGAGUUUUGGUAGAAAGAGAGGAAUGUGGUUGCCAAAGAAUCAACCAGAUAAGAAGGAUGGUGUAAAUGGAUUAAUAGCAGUGGCAAUAGACAAAGAAAAAGGGAGCCAAAAUGCACUCAAAUGGGCUAUCGACAAUCUCCUCACAAGAAACGCAACCGUAAUCCUCAUCCAUGUCAAGGUUGUGGCGUCUUCUUUCUCUUCAACGCCUUCGAUUUUCACCGCAAGCAAAUCUACAAGGGGCGCGACAAAUGCUAAUGGUAACGACAAUUUAACAAGAAGCAAAGAUACAGAAGCUCAAAAAAAUAUUUUCCUACCGUAUCGCGUCUUCUGUACGCGCAAAGAUAUACAAUGCAAAGAUGUUCUACUAGAAGAUUCAGAUGUAACAAAAGCAUUGGUUGAUUAUGCUUCUCAGGCAGGAAUUGAGCAUCUGGUUCUUGGAUCUUCAACAAAAGCCGGUUUGCUCAAAAGAUUCAAGGUAUCAGAUGUUUCGGGAACGGUGGCAAAAGCUGCACCGGAUUUCUGUACAGUCUAUGUCAUUGGAAAAGGAAAGAUUCAAUCGAUGCGAUCUGCUUCUCGUCCUGCUCCAAGCAUUUUCCCUCUACAAGUUAAUGAAACUACUAUCGUACAAGACCAAUCAGACACAAACGAUCAACAAGAAAGGAAUUCUUUUGAUACUACACAGCCGCAGGAUGGAAUCGAUUCCUUCAGGUCACCAUUCACCAGGAAAGGUUACAAUACCAAACAAUAUAUGGAAAAUUCGAAGGCGAAUGGUGAUAUAUCUUUUGUGAGUUCUGGAAGGUCGAGUACCGACCGCAUGUUGCCUCCAUUGUAUAACAGCUCGGAGACGGGCACUAGGAUGUCAUUUAGCUCGGACCAAGAUUUAAACUACAGCUUUGAGUCUAUGUUUCAAGGAAGGAAGUCUCUCGAUUCCAGCAAUCCUGCUGAAUUUACAUCACUAAUGUUCGAUAACGAAAGGCUUUCAUCUUCUUCAUCGCAAGCCGUGGAUGAAAUGGAGGCUGAAAUGAGGAGAUUAAAGUUGGAGCUCAAGCAAACAAUGGAAAUGUACAACACAGCUUGUAAAGAAGCACUCACAGCACAACAAAAGGCAAUAGAGCUUCAAAAAUGGAAGUUAGAAGAAGAACGGAGAUUGGAAGAGGCGAGGCUAGCCGAGGAAGCUGCGUUGGCAAUCGCUAAAAAGGAGAAGGAAAAAUCUAGAGCAGCCAUUGAAGCUGCUGAAGCGCAAAAGAGGAUAGCAGAACUCGAAGCGCAGAAGAGACUUCAAGCGGAAAUGAAAGCACUUAGAGAAGCAGAAGAGAAAAGAAAAGUAAUGGAUGCUUUGGUAAAUGUAGAUGUUAGAUAUAGAAAGUAUACGAUAGAGGAGAUUGAAGCUGCGACAAAUUUUUUCUCACAAUCCCUCAAGAUUGGAGAAGGAGGAUAUGGUCCAGUUUUUAAGUGUCUUCUAGACCAUACACCUGUUGCGGUCAAGGUUCUUCGUCCUGAUGCUGCACAAGGAAGGUCGCAGUUUCAACGAGAGGUUGAGGUAUUGAGCUGCAUACGGCAUCCAAACAUGGUUCUCCUCUUAGGGGCCUGUCCGGAAUACGGCUGCCUAGUGUAUGAGUACAUGUCAAAUGGAAGCUUGGACGAUUGCCUGUUUCGGCGAGGAAACAGUCCUCCGCUUCCUUGGCAGCUAAGGUUCAAGAUUGCGGCCGAAAUAGGCACGGGCUUGUUGUUCCUUCACCAGACAAAACCAGAACCGAUAGUCCACAGGGACUUAAAACCAGGAAACAUCUUACUAGACAGAAACUUCGUAUCCAAGAUCAGCGACGUAGGUUUGGCAAGACUAGUUCCACCGUCUGUCGCCGACACUGUGACGCAAUAUCGGUUGACAGCAACAGCUGGAACAUUCUGUUAUAUUGACCCGGAGUAUCAACAGACAGGAAUGUUGGGUGUGAAAUCAGAUAUAUACUCACUUGGAAUCAUUUUCCUUCAAAUUUUGACAGCAAAAUCACCAAUGGGACUAGCACAUAAUGCUCAAAAAGCCAUUGAAAAUGGAACUUUUACCGAGAUGUUGGAUCCUGCGAUAACUGACUGGCCAAUGGAGGCUGUUAUGAGUUUAGCAAAUAUAGCAGUCAAGUGUGCGGAGUUAAGGCGAAAAGAUAGACCUGAUCUUGGUAACGUUGUGCUUCCAAAACUCGACACAUUGAGAGAACUUGCAGAAAAUAGUUACCAAAAUUCAACACCAGAUAGUCCUCGCUCGAUGAAUGCUUCCCACGACAGACAAAUUUCACUGCAGCUGGUAAAUCUCUACAUUGUUUUCUAUGAUAAAUUUUUCAAUACUCAUCGAAACAAUGUUACGAUGAAUUUGAGCUUAUGCGAUGUUGAACAUUUUGCAGGGUGAAAGCUUUCCUCUAUCUGCUCACUCUGAGGAGGUUAGAAGAAACACAACAGUUGGUUUUUGACAGUCAAAACAAGACCAAAUGUAAAUUACUUAGGUGUUUGAUUUUGUAGAAUGUUUGAUUAAUCUUUUAUUUUUUUUUCUAUGUCAAUAUAGUCUGCAACAAAAGUGUAGCCUUUAAGGGCCCGUUUGUUAUAGAUAAAAAAAAUGUUAAUAGAUAAUCAUAGUAUUUGAACAAAAAGAGAAUUCGUAUAGACAUACAUGUGAAUAUUUUUAUGAUAAAGAUAGCAACUACAUGAAGUUGUUAAGCUACAAGAGUUUUUCUUUCAUAGAUUGAAAUUGUAUAGAUAAGAUUGUAGAUUGAGAAACUUUCAACUAAGAAAGAGAUGAAUUAGAACAGUU